CUGAUUACAGCCACAGAAUUGAAGAAGCAUCUGCUCCUGUCACCCUGUCUUGUCAUUUCUAUCCUGUCUGUGACUUUCACGUACCGUUUUUUAAACUGGCAAAACGAUCUUUUCGGUAAAAGUGAUUUAAUAGUUUAUUCAAAAUUUUCAAUAGAUGUUAUGGGUAGCAGUCACAGUACAAUAAUGCAGUCAAGAAAAUGUAUGAUGCAUCUAAAUUAUGAACUAGGACGCUAUUCGGGUUGAAUGAGGAUUUUCAAUGUUAAAAAGAUUACUUAAGCUUAGAACACAACAUCCUCUACUUCAAGUUCCAAGAAUCUUGAAAAUAUCAGGAUGUGGAGUUCGAAUAAAACCUGAACCCGUAAAGCCAGUAAAAAUAUCCCAGUCAGAGAAUUAUUAUGAUGAGAAGAACAUGGAGAUUGGUCGACCUCUGACACCAUUUAUAUCAAUAUAUGCUACCCAACUACAAGGUGUUAUGUCAAUAAGCAAUCGAAUCUCAGGAGCUGUAUGGACUUUCCAGAUGUUUACUUUUGCUGUAGCUGCAUUGGUGUUACCAGAAUCCGUAGAAUAUUAUGUGGACCAGAUAAAUUCUUGGAACAUAGACCCUAUUGCUAUAUUUGUUGGCAAAUGUUUAGUGGCCUGGCCUAUGGUUUACCACACAUUUGAUGGUACUCGCCAUAUUCUAUGGGAUUUUGGCUUGAUUCUAACUAAUAGAUCCGUUGCGAUAAGUGGUUGGAUAGUUGUGAUUAUUUCUGUUACUGUUACAUUGUAUCUUAGUUUAGUGGUUUGAUUUGUUUUGUAGUUUUGGUUGGAAUAAAUAAUUUUCAAUAA